UUGUGGGUGGCUCCGAGACAAAAAGCUAGCGAGGAAGAAACGAAGAGUUCGAUCGCGGGAUCAGAUCCGGUCCGAUCCGCCAUGAGCCUCUUCGGUCUCGGAAGGAACCAGAGGACAUUUCGGCCUAAAAAGAGUGCACCAUCUGGCAGUAAGGGUGCCCAACUCCGGAAACACAUUGAUGCAACUCUGGGUAGUGGAAACCUAAGGGAAGCAGUAAGACUCCCACCUGGGGAGGAUUUGAAUGAGUGGCUUGCAGUCAAUACUGUUGAUUUCUUCAAUCAGGUGAAUCUGCUUUAUGGCACACUAGCAGAAUUCUGCACACCUGAGAAUUGUCCUACAAUGACCGCAGGUCCAAAGUAUGAGUAUCGAUGGGCAGAUGGUGUACAAAUAAAGAAGCCUAUUGAAGUCUCAGCGCCAAAGUAUGUGGAGUACUUGAUGGAAUGGAUUGAAGUUCAGCUUGAUGAUGAGUCUAUAUUUCCUCAAAAGCUAGGUACACCUUUCCCUCCAAACUUUAAAGAAGUUGUAAAGACAAUAUUCAAGCGCUUGUUCCGCGUCUAUGCCCACAUAUACCACUCACAUUUUCAGAAGAUUGUCAGCCUCAAGGAAGAGGCGCAUCUUAAUACGUGCUUCAAGCAUUUCAUUCUUUUCACUUAUGAGUUUGGCUUGAUCGACAAGAAGGAACUUGCCCCACUUCAGGAGCUGAUAGAAUCCAUCAAUGUUCCAUAUUAAGCCUGUCUAUUCAGAGACAUCCGCAGUACUGCUGAUCUUGAAAACUGUCAUCAUCAUCUUAAAUCUUAGUUCGCUGCUUGGUUUCCUUCUAUUUACUUGUAUGCUGAUACAGUGGGGUGUAUUCGUGUAUUAAUGUAUUGGUGAAUAAAUGCCAAGGAUGAUUACAUAGCUUGUGUCUUCACAAGGCUGAUGUAUAUUGUUUGUCGAAUUGGUUCAGAUGCUCUCGAAGCAUCGGACUAAUAUCUUUGCUGGCCUAGAAGACAAGACUCCUAGGUGAUUAGAAGUUGCCUAAGGAGACACCACAUGAAAUGCCAGUUCUCAUAAUUUAGAGGACCAUUUUGGCCUAAUAUCUAUCGUUGAUGGUUAAUGUGAAUUAGGGUGUGACAUUUGGGUUUUCUUUUUGAUCCAAUAAUAAUAUGUAAAUCUUGUGGUUGAAGCUGUAA